AUGUCAGCACCAAGAGGAGGCCGUCGCGUCAUUGUUGGAGGAGCUGGAGCUGCCGCUGGUACUCUCAACGACCGUUUCACCCAGAUGAAGGACACCAAGAUCGGAAUCACAUCGCCAGGCUUCAAGCGUAGAGGAGGCGGCGGUGGCACGUCCAUCACCAUCACCAGAGACAACGAUAUGUCUCACUCACCCCGCGGAGGCGCCCGUGGUGGACGCGGAGGUUUCUCUUCGCGCGGAGGUAGCGGAGGCUUCUCAUCACGUGGAGGCAGCGGAGGCCGCGGCGGCGGUGUCCGUGGAGGACGCGGAGGCAUGCGUGGCGGUGGCCGUGGCGGACGUGGUGGACGUGGAGGAAAGUUCAGAAAGGAGAAGACACCAACCCAAGAGGAGUUGGAUGCCGAGUUGGACCAGAUCGCCCAAGACAACCAGAUGAAGGCUUAA